AUGGCUUUUGGAAAAAGGGAGGAUAAUUUCAGGCCCAGUUCCAGGACCAGAAAUAACUCCUCAAACCCAAACAAAUCUAACCCCGAACCUCUCAGUUCCAGUUCCAAUAAUAAUAAUUUGAGUAAUAAUUCGAAUAAUAAUUUGGGUAAUGUAAAUCCUGAUGAAGAUUUAAGGAGAAGUAAACAUCGCAAUUUUUACUCUCCAUACCUCAAUUCUCCUAAUUCUCCUACUAUUCAUUCCAGUAGUAAUACCUCUAAUACUACUCAUACCACUACUAAUCCCUGUAAUAUUGUUCAGGACACAAAUCACCCUGUGGACCCCGUUAACACACUGGAAAAUCUGGAUAAAGGGGAAAAACAGGAUGACAAAACGUUGGAAAGGAAUGUGGGUGAGAGGGUGUGGCGUUACAGGGGCAGGGAACUGUCUGACGAGCGUAGGUUAGUGAUUUUAGUGCGUUGUUUAGACUCUGAUGUGACUGAGGAGCAUAUCGAGUCUGUGGUAUCAGAAAUCGCCAUUAAAAACGGCUUCUCCACACCAAACUCAGUCACAGUCGCCUCAUUCCACACCAAUAACAUCUCUGGAGAACUAAGGAAAGUUACUCAGAAUAUCACACACUCUGUUCCCACUUUGCACACUGUUCCAACUGUACACUCUGUACACAAUGUUAACACUGUCCCCUCUGUGAUUGAGCGUGUCGGAGUCGUAAAAUUCCCGUCCUCCAGUGCCGCUGACAGGUUCAUGUCAGCCACACGCAAACACAUCAAAAUCAACUCCAGGGACUACCACAUCCAGUAUGACAAUUCUAACUCUAACUCUGUGGACACUGUGGACACAGUGGAAAACACAGUAGGUGAGAGAAUAGAGUUACUAGAGGCCAUGUCGGAUGUGACGAGUUUGUUGGAGAGGCGGAGGUUGAAUUCAGACUGGACGUGUCCGUCGUGUAGGUUCCUGAACUUUGCGCGUAGGCUCGUGUGUCUGACGUGUGGGUUACCGAAACCCACCGACGAGGAGGUUGAGAUACAAAAUAAAGCCAUAGAAAUUGAAGCCAUUAACCAGGCCAAGAUCCUACAAUCGAGCAUGUCAGACUUUUCCCCAUGGCUUAUCGUGAAGAACUUGACACACUCCAGUGAUAUCCACAAGAUUGUCAACACUCUCAACACAAUCACAAACUCUCCAAUCCUACGCGUCAUACACAUCAAGGAUUCGGACGUCCCCAGUAACUCAGGUAACACUAGUGAUAGUGUUAACAGUAGUAAUACUAGUGAUAGUGUUAACAGUAGUAACAGUGUAAACAGUAGUAAUGUGGUAAACACUGUAAAGAGUGGAAGAGGAUUUAUGUUUGUGGUGUAUGGAGGAAAUGAGGUGGUGGAGGAGUUUGUGCGGUUGAGGGGUGUGAGGACGUUUCUGCUCCGGUGUGACGGCGUGUAUCACAGAGUCGACACCGUCAACUCCAGAGAGAAACACGCCGCCGAAGAACUCUUCAAACGCAUCAAAUUUAUCUCCUCCAAACUCACCAUCUCUUCACAUAGUUUACACAACUUACACACUACAGAGAGUAUAGAAAGUGGUAAGAGUGUGGAGAGUGUGGAUAGUACGAUGAUAAGAAUGAGAAGUACGACGUUGGGUAUGGUGUGGUGUCAGUUGUGUGUGAGUGAUCCGCAUGGAAUAGUGGAGAGGUACAUAAGGAGUUGGAUGUCAGAGUGGAUACUGGUGAGUUCUAAGCCUGACAUUGGUACAUUUCAGUAUGAUCCGAGCUCUGACUACUUGUUUGAUCAUAGUCUCUCACUCUUUUACGACGCCGCCAGCGGGUACUUCCUCUCACCCACUGGCAACUUUUUCAUUUACAAUCCACAACUCAACGCUCUCACCAGAGUUACCAACGCAGUUAACGCAGUUAACGCAGUUAACGGAGUUGAUUGUGGUGAUACAGGUGACACAGUAGGAGUCACAGGAGUUAACAGAGGAGUUACAGGAGUAGACACAGGAGAUAACAGAGGAGGAGGAGGAGGAAAUACGGUGGGAGUAGGGGGAAAUACAGUAGGAGUAGGAGUGGUGGAUACGGGAGUGAGAAAGAUAUUGCGAUCUGCGAUGAGAAUAGCAAAGGAGUCUCAGAAUAACAUUAAGCAACUUAGUAACAUACAGUCACACAGCGCCACAGAGGGUAUGAAGAGUGUAAUAUCUAGUGACAAGGGGAAUGAGCUAAAGAGUAAAAACGUCAGGGAGAGAUUCGAGUUCAAAAACGAAUCCGACGACGAAUGCGACAUGGACCUCGAUAACUCUAACACAACCACAACCAACUCAACAAAUAACAAUAAGAAUGAUAAAAAUGUGAGGGGUGUGAGUUAUGAGAGGGGAUUGGGUGUGGGAAGUAUUUGUUUUGUUUGUCUGCGGAUGUUUGACAGUGUCGAGAAUCUCCACUCACACCAGCAACUCUCCAAACUACACCAAACACUCACUCCACACAAUUAA